CAAACCACAAAUAUGUCAAAACGUAAGUGUCAAGUUGAUGUCAAACUUAUGUUGCUUGGGGUUGAUUUUAAAGAGUUUUAUCCUAUAAGUGCUUUUAAUUUAAUAACAUAAAGGUUAAGCAGAAGAAUAUUGGAUGUAGAGACAAAUGUCGAUACCACCAGUUAAUUACAACAUUCCUCCUCCUUCCCUUAAUGUACCUCCACCUAUACCUCAGGUACCUCCUUCGGUUGUACCGGUUGUUCCUCCGGUACCACCACCUCAGUAUUAUAGCCGUCCUCCGCCAUUCGGAUCUAAUAUGUCACAAAACGUGCAGCGCUAUUUGAACAUGCCAGCAGGUUUACCACCUUUGAAUGUCCCUCCUCCUGUUGCCCCCUAUCGUCCAUCUUCCAGUUCUGUUGCCGCCUCUUUCCCCGUCCCUAACAAUCCCACAAGCUAUCCUUAUCGUCAACUUAGUUACGGACACCAGGGGAAAAUGUCUUACAGUAAAGCUUGCAAAACUGAAACGGUUAGAAGAUCAGGAAAGGAACAUGCUUCGACAGAUAAACAAUCUAGUUCUUCAAAGGAUAUCCCAAAAGAUGUUCCAAAAGACCCUUCAAAAGAUGUGCCAAGUAGUUCCAGGUCAAGAUAUUCCAGACAUGAAUCAAGUUAUGACAGGGAAAGAAGUUAUGAAAGAGAGAGGAGACGAGACAGGGACUAUAGUGCUGAAAGAAGGAAAGAACGAGAAUUCAAAGAGGCAAAAUAUAGAGAACUCAGGAGAUCUAGAAGUCCAUCGAGGCAUUAUGACCGUUAUAGAGAUAGGGACAGAUACAUUGAUCAUCGUGAGCGUGACAGAAGAUAUGACUACAAGAGGUCACAUAGCCCACACUAUAGAGAUUACAGAAGUCAUAGUCGAAGCAUUGAUUCUCGAGAUAGAAGGGAUAGAAGAUCUCCAAGUAGAUUAUCUGAGAGAUCCAGGCGAGAAUCCCAUUCACAUAGCAGAACUAGAGAGAGGUCUCCCAGUUACUACCGUGAGUCAAUCCCAAAAAAACCUUUAACUGACCGUGAGAAGAUCUUAGAAGACUACAGGAAAAAUUACUGUGAAACAUCCGGAGAGUUUAUAAGAAAAAUGGAACAGUGGUCUAGGGAACAUCAUUCUGAUGAAGAAGAGUCAUCAAAAAUGUGGUACAGAAGUUCACCAGCUGAACUGUACUACAAACCGGCACCAGAUGGCGUAGGUGUGAUGCAAACAAGUAAACUAGAGAAACGCUGCAAUACAUUCUUUAAGGAAUUAAUAGAAAGAGGAAGGAAAGCAAGACCUGAAGUGGAUGAAUUGCCUCCAUUGAGGCCGUCAAGAGGGAAGGCUUGUAAACAUAGAAUGGAUGACAAAAGUUCAUCAUCAUCAGACAGUGAUGAAUGUCUAGAUGAAGAUGGUCUACAAGGAUAUUCUGAUAGAAUUAUGAUGGAACUGCAGAGAAAACAGAGCCAUCCCAGGCGCCUUCAUCCUGAAAUGUGGUUUAACAACACAGGUGAGAUGAACGGCGGUCCGCUGUGCCGCUGCAGUGCUCGCGCGCGCCGCUUCGGCAUGCGCCACGGCGUGUACGCCGGCGAGCAGCCGCACCCCAAGUGUGUGCCCACGCAGAGCAACAUUCACAAACUAUACCAUUACAGAAUAACAGUGUCUCCACCAACAAACUUCCUGAUCAAGGCACCAACAAUCAUAGCUCACGAUGAACAUGAGUUCCUCUUCUCCGGGUUUUCAAUGUUCUCUCACUACAAACUGGCAAAGCUACCUACUUGCAAGGUGAUAAGGUUCAAUAUCGAAUACACGAUAUUGUAUGUAGAAGAACCCGCGCCUCAGAACUUCUCUAUACAGGAAUUGGAUCUAUUCGAGGAAUAUUUAUUCUACGAGUUAUUAGAAUUAGUCGAUUUAGAUCUUGGGAAAGCGACGGACACUUCUUGUUCGCAGUUUCAUUUUAUGCCGAGGUUUGUGCGAUACUUACCUGAAGGAGGGUGUGAGGUUUUAUCGAUGUGCGAAGUACUAAAAUACUUAAUAGACGAGAGCGGUCUGCUGAUACCUCCCGACACGCUGGAGGAGGUGCACUCUAUGGAUCAUUAUAAAUGGCAGAAGUUUGUUGAUAGAAUUAAAGGCAUGAUAGUGACGUACCCGGGGAAGAAGCCGUGCUCGGUACGCGUGGACCAGCUGGACCGCAGCCCGCCCGCCGGCAGGGACACUAAGGGCGCCCUCGACUACUACCCAGAGAUAGUGCACUUUGGCAUACGGCCGCCGCAGCUCAGCUACGCCGGCAACCCUGAAUAUCAAAAGGCGUGGCGCUACUACGUGAAGUACCGGCACCUGAUCGCCAACAUGGCGAAGCCGUCGUACAAGGAGCGGCAGAAGCUGGCCGCCAAGGAGGCGAAGCUGCAGGAGAUGCGCACGCAGACCAAGAUGAAGCGUGACGUCACCGUCGCCAUCUCCUCGCAGGGCUUCCACACCACCGGCCUCAUGUGCGACGUCGUGCAGCACGCGAUGUUAAUCCCAGUGCUGGUGAGACAUCUGCGCUUCCACAAGUCGCUGGACAGCCUGGAGAGGAAGAUCGGCUACGUGUUCAAGAAGCGGCUGCUGCUGCAGACGGCCUUCACGCACCCCUCCUACCGCGAGAACUUCGGCACCAACCCCGACCACGCGCGCAACAGCCUCACCAACUGCGGCAUCCGCCAGCCCGAGUACGGCGACCGCAGGAUACAUUAUACUAGGAAGAAAGGUAUCGUGACGCUAAUCAACAUAAUGUCGCGGUUCGGCAAGCGCAGCGAGACGGAGUCUGAGAUCAAGCACAACGAGCGGCUGGAGUUCCUGGGGGACGCGGUGGUGGAGUUCCUCUCCUCCAUACACCUGUUCCGCAUGUUCCCCGGCCUGGCGGAGGGCGGGCUCGCCACCUACCGCGCCUCCAUCGUGCAGAACCAACAUCUCGCACAACUAGCCAAGAACAUCGAGCUGGAGCAGUUCAUGCUGUACGCGCACGGCUCGGACCUGUGCCGCGAGCUGGUGAUGCGGCACGCCAUGGCCAACUGCUUCGAGGCCCUCAUGGGCGCGCUCUUCCUCGACGCCGGACUGGAGGUGACGGACCGCGUGUUCGGCAUGGCGCUGUGGCACGGCGCGCCGGCGCUGCUGGACGUGUGGAGCAAGGAGCGCCUGCACCCGCUGCAGGAGCAGGAGCCGCUCGGCGACAGGAACUACAUCAAGGACUUCGAGUUCCUGCAGAAGUUGACGGAGUUCGAAGCCUCCAUUGGUGUCCAGUUCAAGCACAUCCGGCUGCUGGCGCGCGCGUUCACGGACCGCUCGGUGGGCUUCACGCACCUCACGCUGGGCUCCAACCAGCGCCUGGAGUUCCUCGGCGACACCGUGCUGCAGCUCGUCGUCUCCGACAGGCUGUACCGCCACUUCCCCGACCACCAUGAGGGACAUCUCUCGUUAUUGCGUUCGUCGUUGGUGAACAAGCGCACGCAGGCGAUGGUGUGCGACGACCUCAACAUGUCUGCCUACGCCAUUUACAACAACCCUAAAGCGAAGCCCACCACUAAGAAACACAAGGCCGACUUGCUGGAGGCAUUCCUCGGCGCACUUUAUAUUGACAAGAACCUGGAGUACUGCCAGGGUUUCUGCAACGCGUGCCUGUUCCCGCGCCUGCAGGAGUUCAUCCUGAACCAGGACUGGAACGACCCCAAGUCCAAGCUGCAGCAGUGCUGCCUCACGCUGCGCUCCAUGGAGGGUGGCGAGCCAGAUAUACCUUUGUAUAAGGUGAUCGAGUGCCUGGGGCCGACCAACACGCGCGUGUACUCCGUGGGCGUGUACUUCAGGGGCGCGCGGCUGGCGGCGGCGCGCGGACACUCCAUACAGGAGGCGGAGAUGAACGCCGCAGAGCUCGCGCUCAACUCCGCGCACGAACUAUUCCCGCAAUUGGAUCAUCAGAAGAGAGUAAUAGCGAAGAGUGUUAAAAAGAAGAAGAACAAGCGUAAGAAGGUAUCCGCUGGUCCGUCAAGUGCGGAGACGAGUCGGGACUGGGAGCGAGUGCCGCGCGCGUACCGACUUCGCCGAGACAGCGACACCGACACCGACAUCGAUACCGACACCGACACCGACGCAGGGAGCGAACGCGCCGACAGAUCUGGAGAAGACUCAGGUUUAGUCAGCGACCCCGAUAAUGACCCCGACCCCGACCCCGACUCCGAUGACGCGCAAACUCUGCCCGUCAGCAGCCUUCUUACAGAAAUGGAGAAGACCAAAGAAGACUUCAUUAAAACUAAUAAAUACGAACAGUUGAAAGAGAAAUGUAAAAAUACUGAUACAAAUGAUUCUAUUUAAGUAAGCUUUAUAUUGUGAUGCAAUGUUUAAAUGUUAGAAAAUUUAUUUUAGAUAUUGUGUAGUUUUAAGUGGAAUUCAUGUGACGGUUGUUUUUCGCCCGAAACUUCGAGACGGAAUGUAUCAAUGUUCUGUUAUAGAGAUGAUUGUUGCAUAUAAACUGCUAUUUAAAUUUAACUAGAUAAUAAAAGUGUACGACACUUAAAUUUAGUGGAAAUAAAAUAAAACAAAUCAAA